ACGGGUCAAAAUAAAUGUUUUGGGUAAAACGGUUAGGUUGUAUCUGUGCCCACUGUAACGAUUUCUGCCAGACCGUUUUACGACCGUCCGCCGGGCGAUCGGUCAACGAAAACGGUAGCGGCCGAUCGUUUAUCAGCGACACGCCGACGGUCCGCUACCGGUCACGCGCGCGUAGUGACAGUAGCACCAGCCACCGACAUCAGCUGCAGAAUAGAUAGCAUAACGACCGCCGCCCGUCGCAAUAUUUGUAUUACGUUAACAUUGUUAACGGUUAUUAUCUGCGGUCGGACCACAUUGCCACUAUCAGACGACGUCGCGAGCCGCAUGAGCCGCCACGCGCGCUAAUCUAACUGAUAACAACAACAACAACAACAACACAACAACUCGCGCGGGCCGGGGCGGCACCGCCGACGACUACACUACAACAGCUACACUACACUAUUACGGCGCGCCGUCACAGCCACCACCGCGCCGCCGCCGCUGUGGGGGCGACGACAACAGCUGCUGCUGAUGCCCGCCGCCGCCACCGCCGCCGCCGGUUCAGUUCGGUCGCGCCGUGCUCCCGCCGCCGCACCGCGCACUCGUCGCAACAUCGCCGCGCGCACACGUCGUCGUCCACGACUGCCACUGCUCACUGCAUCGGCCGUUCGGCUCAGCGCGCGCGUUUCCAGUUUCCAGGCGGCGCCGGUUUUUUUUCUCCCUCGUCUUCGCCGUCGCCGUGCGUUCCCAUCGCGGCUCAGUCGCGCGCCGUUCUCAGUCCGUGUCCCAUCGUCCCCGCUCCCGCGCGCCCGGCGUGUGCGUUUCGAUCCGAUUUUUUGAAUUUUCGUUUGAGGCGCGAACAAUCAUUCGAAUAAAAUAAAUACUUUGGAACACUUUUUCACUUCGACCUUCGGCGUCCCGUUCGAUCCGUAACCGCAAUGUACCUAGCACUACCUGAGAUCACUGUGCGCACACACAGUUAACACUCCUCAGGUUGUACACCUACGGUUGUUGUUCGGUCGGUUGUUGUUUUUGGUUUUUAAAUUUUUUUCCCCCAACUAUCGAAUAGGCCCAUUGCGCCCGUCUGAACCGCUCCGGACGAUAGCAACGAUGGCUGCGUUCAGCCCGAAAAGAACGUUAGCGAUUAUUGUGUUGUUGGUGUUGUGCGAUGGAUUGGUCGUGUCGGCAUCGUACGGUGGUUCGUUCGUCAGUUUGGUGGAAGUCGUCAACCACACAAAGUUCACCCAGGAUGAAACCAAAGAUUUGUAUGUCAAUUUGACAGUUGGAAUGUUUGGACAAGGACUCAAUGAAAACAUAAAAAUCAGGCCCACCUCUAGAGUUGCGUUACGUGGCUCUGAGUGUUAUAAAAACCAUCCGAUGAAGAACAUUGAUUCUGACAACCAUGUUUUCAAACAGUUGUGGACAAAUGGUACAUACUUGUUGAUGAGCAUCACGUUCAAGUUUGAUCGAGACUUGACCACACGAAAUGUAUACUUGUGCACGUAUGAGCCGCGAAAACCACCUAACGGACUUACCUCGUCGCUGUGGAGCGUGUUCAGUGGUUCCGGCGACGAUAGUGAUGGUCGAUGGGUGAACCAGGGUGAUUCGGUAGCGAUCAGAUCCGACGAAAUGUCACAGUCCACGGAGAAUUCAUUGGAUUCGUCGCCAAGCAGACGGAGAAGACAACAAGGGACAACAUUAAAAAAUGUUACCCCAUUAGGUACAGCUUACAUAUCUCCAGUAAACUUUUAUGGCUUACGGGUGGAGUACUCUGAUGCAGCAGUAGACUAUGAUGAUCUAGGAGUACCACAGUUACUGGUUCAACGAAAUGCGUCGUUUCGGUUGUUUGGUAGUGACUGGACUGAAAAAACAAUAUUUGUUCUUACGGAAAAAAUUGGUGAAAAAGGUGGUCCGUGUGAGUUUCCCGUUGGAGAAAUUCAAGGAGUAACUCUUUUACAGAACGAACCAAACACAGUCCUAAUAAAUAUCAUCUUGCCACAAGCUAGUAAAGCAGGUACGAUAUUCUACUUCUGUUCGAAAGAGAGCGAUAAGUCCGGUGCGAUUUGGACACAUAUGGGUAGCGAAUAUUACAAAAAGAUGGGAGUAUACGAAAAAAUGCUACCUUUCUGGCUGCAGGUUGCUAUAAUUCUCACGUGUUUGUCAUUCUCGUCCCUUUUCUCUGGUCUAAACUUGGGUCUGAUGUCGUUGAACCGAAUGGACCUGAAGAUCAUUUGCAACACGGGUACAGAGGCUGAGCGAAAGUACGCUAAAGCUAUCUUGCCUGUGCGUAUUCAUGGUAACUACUUGCUAUGUAGUAUUCUAUUGGGAAACGUCAUGGUCAAUUCGAUAUUUACCAUUCUGUUGGACGACUUGACGUCCGGCUUGGUGGCAGUCAUUACUUCUACACUGGCCAUUGUCAUUUUCGGCGAAAUCACACCACAAGCUGUUUGUUCACGUCAUGGAUUGGCCAUCGGUGCAAAAACCAUUUACGUCACGAAAACCGUAAUGGUGCUUACUACCCCGCUGUCUUGGCCCAUCAGUAAGGCUUUAGACUGGGCGCUCGGCGAGGAAAUUGGUAGCACAUACAACAGGGAACGUCUUAAAGAAUUAGUCAAGAUGACUGGUGACGAAUACAACGACUUGGAAAAAGACGAAGUUAAUAUAAUUUCUGGAGCCCUCGAACUUCAUCGCAAAAAAGUCGGCGAUGUAAUGACCAAAUUGGAGGACGUGUACAUGCUGUCAUACGAUACGGUGUUGGACUUUGAAACCGUCUCAGAAAUCAUGAAAUCUGGAUACUCGAGGAUUCCCGUGUACGAGGGCAACCGUCAAAAUAUUGUCACCAUGUUGUACAUCAAGGACUUGGCGCUGGUCGAUCCCGACGACAACACAUUGCUUAAAACGCUGUGCCAAUUCUACCAGAAUCCGUGUUAUUUCGUAUUUGAAGACACUACACUCGACGUACUGUUCAAGCAGUUCAAAGAAGGUAUUAAAGGACAUAUGGCAUUUGUUCAUCGUGUGAAUAACGAAGGCGAAGGCGAUCCGUUCUACGAAACUGUUGGCAUAAUAACACUGGAAGAUGUAAUUGAAGAAUUGAUUCAGGCUGAGAUCAUGGAUGAAACUGAUGUUUACACCGAUAACCGUUCGAAACAACGUCGACAACAGCGUUCACUCAGAACUCAAGACUUUACCGCAUUUGCCGAGCGCAGUGAUAACCAGCGUAUCCACAUUUCUCCUCAACUUACUUUGGCCACAUUCCAGUUUUUGUCGUCGAGUGUCGAAGCUUUCAAAACAGACGUUGUAUCAGAAACUAUUUUAAUGCGUCUGCUCAAACAGGACGUGAUAUUCCAUAUAAAAAUGAAAGAUAAAGAAAGAUUUAAGUCUGAUCCAGCCAGUAUCAUUUACCAGCAGGGCAAACCAGUCGAUUACUUUGUGCUCAUAUUGGAAGGACGUGUCGAAGUCACCGUCGGCCGUGAAAAUCUUGUAUUCGAAAGCGGGCCAUUCACGUACUUUGGAUCACAGGCAUUACACCAGAACAUCGGAAUCGGCGAGUCGCCACCGUCUGGAGCCAACCCUACAAUGGCCAAUUCGACUGUGAACAACAUGGGCAGUAUACAGUCGGUCAACAUCGAUGCCAUGUUGCGUUACACUUUCGUGCCCGAUUACUCGGUGCGUGCCGUUACUGAGGUGAUGUACUUACGCGUGAAACGUUCGUUCUACAUGGCAGCAAAACGCGCCACGCUCAUGGAACGUUCUAAGAAAAUGUCAAACGCCGGUGAAUUUGAUGAAGAAGUUGACAAGCUGUUCCAUACUUAUGGAGACGAAGACCGGAAGAGUAUCCAAGGUUCUCCAGACGUAACUAGAAAUGCAUCUCAGACAACAGUACAGCCAUCUACAAUUUCGGCCAACGCAGCAUCUCUUAACAACGGAGAACCUACUCAACCUGUAGCCGUAGCAUUCUCACGAACACCUCAAGGUACCUCUGACGCAUCGGCUGAAGAAAAAAUCACACUUUUGGGCACAAACACAUUGUCUGCUGCUACAAAAUCGGACGUUACUGAUCCAUCAUCUUAGGUCUAUUAAUAAUGAGAUUAAUUGUUAGUCUGUUCUUUUAUAAGUGUCAUGUUUUUUUUUUUUUUUUUGCUUUACUUUAGAUUUAAUAGCGUUUAUUUAGGGACGUACAUUACACCAUUGAUUGUAUAAACUAUAGAUUGCUCACUGAGCAUUUUUUCAGUGGCGUAUAAAAAACUUGGUUUGUAUAAUCAAUGAUUACACAUAAGCACGUAGCAGAUAUUAUUUAAGUUUAUAUUUUUUUUUUUUCUAUUGUUAUGUGUUACAUAUAAUUUUUGACUUAAGUAGUUCUAGUCCAGCAUUAUUGUGUUCAGUAAGUGUCCAUAAAAUCCCAUCAGUCUGUCUGAACAAUACGCGAGUCAACUAAUAUGUUGUGUACAUUUUCAUUUAUUUACGCUCUCUUUACGCUCGUAUUGGACAAACAUAAUUAUUAAACUGCCAUAACGGCUGCACACUGAGGACUCGACUCCCAUUUUUAUCAUUCUAGUGACUAACUACUUCAACCAGCUUUUAUUUUAUUGUACUUUUUUUUACGAUUUAUAAUAUAAUUGCUUUGUUUAUUUCAUAUUAUUAUUUAUAAAUAUAUACAUAAUACACACCCAUUUAUAUAUUAUAUAUUACAUAUAUAAUUAAGCUUUGUGUCCCGGUGACGCGGAAAUCCGUUUUGUAUAUAUGCAAAAGCGAAUCUCCAAGGCUUUUCGUGUCUCUUAAAUUUUCAACCGAUUUACGACCCCUCAGAGUGAUCUCAGAGGUAUGCGAGUCCUCGUAUUUUUUGAUAUUAAGUUGUAUUAAGAAAUCGAUGAAUCUAUGCAAUAUCGGUUCUGUUCUUUCUUUCUUUUUAUUAAUAAAACUAAUAAUAUUUUACUUCUAUAAUCGAAUAAACAAAAAAAAAAAAAAAAAAACAAUUAAGUAAAAUUGAAAUAUAACACUAAAUUUUUAAUUAACAAUUUCCUCACACUAAACGACAUCACUAUUAAAUUGUUUACCUUUAAAAUACGUUUUUCGACUUUGUUAUUAAUUUUUUUAAUUGUUUGAGUAUUAUAUAUUGCUACGUAUAGAUAUUCUACAAGUUUUUUAAUUGACUUUACAAUUAACACAGUAACGUGGCGUUUUAUAAUUCUUAGGAAUGCGCUCAAAUUAAAGUAUAAGUAAUUAUAGGUUAUAAAAAUAAUCUGAAUGACGUUUCGUGAAUCGUUACAUAAUAUUUAGAUUCAGAGUUAACUAGUCUUUUUUUAAGCUUACUGUUCAUGUUAUAUAAUAUAUAGUGAUGUUCGUUGAAAAAAAUUUUUAAAAAAGAAGAAUAGUUGGAACAAAAUAAUUAGUUAAUAUGGAAGGGGAGAAGAAGUAUAAUGUUGAGAGUUUAUAAACAUAUAUUUAUAUAUAAUAAUGAUUAUUGAUAAUAUUAUAAAUUAUAAUUAUUAAUGUUUGUAUACUAAAUUUUUCGUAAUAUUUAUCUAUUGCGUGUAAGGAAUUAUAUAAUGUUAGAUACCUUAUGAUAUAAUUAAGCUGAAUAAUAAUCUUAGAGUUAUAUUCGACAGUAAUCAACUGAUGGUUAUCGAAAUUUGCCCAACAAUAUCUACCUAUCAAGAGUCUGAUCAUAAUAUCAGUUAUUGUUUGUUCGGCACAAUGUGACUGACAUAAUGACAACAUUAAAAUAUUAUAAUACAGUACAAUCUACGCGUAUUGAUAUUUCACUUUGUACACAUUUAAAAGUGGUGCUCGAUUGUCGUCAAACAUAUUAUUAUUAUCAUAAUUUUUUUCUCAACCACCUAAAACCUAACGAAUCAUAAUGUCUUAAAUGUAGGCUAUACAGAAUUAAAAACAUGAUACAACCACCUGCGUCUGAAAGUGGUAUAUUAUUUGAGCAUAGAAAUAUCCUAAGACCGUACCGGCGUGUCACAUGGUAAGACAAAAUUAAUAACUAUAAUGAUAUAAUAUAAAUUAAACAAUUUGAAUAAUUUUCUAACGGACUGUUCGCGAAUGAGAAUGUUACGAGCCCGUGAAAAUUUCUGGUAGAUUUCCAGGCUUCUCUUUUAUGUGUGCUCCUUUGGUGAAAAAAACAUUUCUGUUGUAUACACACACAAAUAUAUAUGGCCUGCCAAUAAUAUAAUAUUUUACUUUUGUCGCCGUUUUUGCCCAUUUCUAUAGUCUUACACAUUUUUAACUACCUACCUAUAUAACAUAAUGUAUACAUUUCGGAUUAUAUGUUGAGCGUACAAUUGCGUUAUACA